UAGAAAUAACUUUAACGAUUCAUAUGCGCAUCGUACCUAAUUCAUCAUCAUCAGCCCAUAAUCAUCCACAGCUGGACAUAUGUAUCUCACAAGGAACUCCAUAACCUUCCUCAUUCAGCCACAUCUUUAAAAAAAACUACACUAUCGUGAAACCUAGUUCACACCUACCAAAUUAAUUAAAAUGAAAUGAUAUGAAGGUAGCUGUAAAACUUUAGCCAAAAAAUAAAAUUAAUCCAAUCCAUCCCACAGUCAGUAGCACUAACGGUCGCGCUGGUCGUGACCGAAGUUGUAGAAUAAUAUUAACUAAAUCUAUCAAUAAUCUGGAAAAUAUAUAAAUAGUAUAAAAUAUAGACUUUAUUUUGUGUUGUGUACCUACAGUGAUGGAAUACAAAGAAAACUUUAAUCGAUCGAAAGGUAAAACUAGGAUACCUCUCCCGUUAGACCCAUUACCUCCUGUCCCAAAACAUCUAACACUAGAACACAUACAAACCAUGAAGGCUGCCCGGGCACCGCUAAGAACUCUGAACCAGCCAAAUCACCAGAACGCCAGUCCAGGGCCAAGCAAAGGCAAAACGCAAACUCCUGUAAGAAUCGAAGCCAAAAAUGUGACAGUUAGAAAUAAACGGGAAAAUCUUGAUUGGAACUAUGCAGUAUUCAAUGAUAACGUACUAGUAGAUGUAAGUCCAGUCAUCAACAUAAGUGAUGACGAAUCUAAGGAAGCGAAGAAAGUUGUUUUAAAAGCACCAGCGCGCUUGCUUGCCAAUGAGGCGGCAGUUAAACCAGCGACUCCAGUUCUGAAAGGACCUCUGGAGCUGAACAGGAUAAGGAACAUAAAGAGGAGCCUUAAGAGGCCCCACAGCCGGGAGCUGCAAGGCCUGUCACCUAUAUCUAAAGAGAGAAAGAGAGUAGAAGAUGAGGCUGCCAGAAAAAAACUUAAUUACAAGGACCAUCUACAGAACGCGUUGAAGUCACCUGAUCAACUAUCAAAGAAGUAUGCAAAAUAUUUGGCGAGUGAGUAUACGGAUGACAUGUUUCUGUAUCUGCAAUGUCGGGAGAGGAAGCCACCUCUGAAGCUGAGACUUCCCCGAGUGACACGAGCUUGUGUCAUCAACUGGUUGAUGAAGGUCAAUGGCCCCAGCGGCGACCCAAGCGUGAUGCAAGCGGCGAUCUGGUACAUCGACCAGGUCAUCUCCAACUUCGAGAUCGCUCCGGACCAGCUGCAGCUGAUCGGCUCCGCGUGCUACUGGAUCGCGCAGAAGCUGCACCAGCCGGGCGCUCCGGCCAGCAGGCUGGUCAAGUGCGCUAAUAACGCCUUCCAUAGGCACCAGCUGGUUUACUGCGAGAGGAAGAUUUUGGGGUUGCUGCGUUUCCCGCCGCAGCCAAUCAUCUCUCAAGACUUCAUCACGUACUUAUCCUGGGUCUGCGAGCCGGAGCACCCCGGCGAGAUCGAGCUGGCGGCCACGUUCCUCGUCAUGUCCAGUCUGCUCCUCAACAACUACAACUGUUGCGAGUGCCCCUCAGCCAUGGCGGCCGCUGCCGUGUGGAACGCCGUGCUGUGCUUGAAGAAGAAGGAACUUAUUGCGAGACUGGAGACUUGUCAUGUAUUCCUUCGAGCCAGAGCCAAAAGUAGUUUCAAGAAGCUGUGUUCGGCGCAACGAGUUUCUGUCCGGACCGUGUCUCAUCCCAGGUUCGAAUACAAGGUCCCCUACGAGCAGUAUUCCGUAGCACCUACUUACCUGGCCCAGAGGAUCAUUGCUGUCGCUCGCACACUUACUAUUAUGGACACUGUUAAUACUGUGCCUGAGUUCAAUCUGUAGAUAUUAUUAUGUCGGUUCAGGUAUUUUGGACCUAUUGUAUAAGUUAGUCAUUAUAUUUCUAGCAAAGAGAUUUUAUAUGCUUGUGUACAGUGCUUUCUAAUACAUGUUCAACAUUUUGAUUUGUUAAUGAAAAAGUGUCUAAAGUUCUUCUCAUGGAAACUUGUUUGUGAAAUAAAUCUAUUGUAUGAAACUUAGUAGGCUUCUGAUAAAAUUAUUAGUGCUUAAUGUAGAUAGGUUGUAGGUAAAGUAGGCAUUAAAAUGUUAACAAUCUCA